AUGGGCGUGACGGGCUUCUCCGCCCUCCUCAAACACGCCGCGGUGCCGACACCGCUCACGCAGUUUGCCGGCAAGAGGCUCGCGGUGGACGGCAAUGUGUGGCUGCACCGCGGCACCUACUCGUGCGCGCUGCAGCUCGUCUCGGGCGAGGCAACCUCGGGCCACAUCCGGUACUGCCGCAAGCUCGCCGAGCUGCUCGUGUCGGCAAACUGCCGCGUCCUCGUCGUGUUCGACGGCCGCCCGCUUCCGGGCGGGAGGAGAGGAGGACGGGCGGAUGCGCCGACGGUCGCUCGUGGAUGGAUGCACCAGGCGCACGCGCUGCCGCGAGUGCUGUUCAAGCUCGACCGAGUCAACGGGCUCGCAAUGCUCGUCGAGCGGACCAAUUAA